AUGCUCGCCAAUGCCCUGUUCCGCUCCGUUGUCACCGAAUUGGCGGCAUUCGGUGAGGGCCAAGAUCAAUCAACUUUGGCAACUGUGAUCGUUUUGAGCACCGGCUGCCGCCUCUCUUCGAUCUGGCAAUGUCUUCCCGUCAGAAAAGGAGUGAGCACUGUUGAUGGCUCUUCUGAGCCAUUGGACCUGACGCUCGCCGUCUUGCUGGACACGAGAUCGAGUGCGAUUUCGGCCCGCUACCAAUUGACCAUCACUUUCGUGACUAGGCAAGAGCAGCCAAGUGAUGCCUGCAUUCCGUGUAGCUUUUUGGCCUGCCUUGCUGCCAGGCUUCUUUACCUCUGCAAUAGAGGGGACGAAGGAGAGCCCUUCCUCGCCAUCGGGUGCCGGUCAACGGUCUCUGAUAUGGAACAAGUCAUGUCUGAUACACCUAUGUGGUUGGUGACUAUUGUCAACCAGCAGAUCGCCCCAGCUGGGACCCCGCGGUGUAUUCUCGAGAAGAGGCUCGCUGGGGCUGUUGUGGCCCAUCAGGCUCUCCAUUCUUUCGACAGAAGGCUCCAAGGACUUCAGGACCCCUUUUCGAUUCUUCUCGACAUUCUUCCUGGGCUUACCAAGGCCAGUGUGCGCGAGACUGGCCAGUGCGGACCAGAAGACUCGCUGUUCGACCUAGCGAGGCAAAAUCUUCGAAAAGAGGUCGAAUUUGUCCCAAAUAGGGAUCCCGAUUGUCGCCAUCCUGACUUGAGGCUGGCCAUCGCUCAGUGCAGAGACGACAGUGGUGGCGACUGUCUUAGUUCCCACAAUAUGUCCAUCGACAUCGCCAUCAUAGUCAACCUCAGGCUUUAUCAUUUACUGAGCCUCGCUCGUCUCAUGUCGCUCAACCUGCUCCCCACCGUUGUCCGCAAUGGCCUCAUCAAUGGUCCGGGGCGGAGAAAAUCGUCACCCAUGAGGUGCUGGAUGCCCCAGGUCACCCUUUCCGAGCCGGAGCCGUACUCCAUGAUGAUUAGUUCCCAUGUGGAGUCCAUGAGAGGCCGGAACGGUUGA